ACAUCAUUACAUCAAAUUCCAAAGUUCCACAUAAUAAUAAAAACCCAAUAUCCACCUUACCUUGUUCCAAUAAUCCAGCUCAUCACCACCGGAAUCCACCGUCGUAUCGCAACCGUCGCCGGCGGCGAUGAACGGAACCGAUAUUCACGAUCUGUCUGACGACGCCGAUUACGCCGCUGCGUCUAAACAAGGCUCUUCAAGCAUGACUCGUAAUGAUAGUAGCAAGCGAAGCUCUUCUACUGAUCCAGAAGAUGCUGAAGUAGUGUACCUGAAGGAUAAUGUUACGAUUCAUCCAACUCAAUAUGCUGCAGAAAGGAUCAGUGGGCGUUUGAAGUUGAUUAAGCAAGGUUCUUCACUGUUUAUGACGUGGAUACCUUAUAAAGUCCAAAGCUCAAAUGCCAGACCGUCUGCAGGAGACAAAAAUCUGUACACCAUAAAAGCAUUACCGUUUUCUGAUAUUCAGUCGAUUCGUCGGCAUACACCAACAAUUGGGUGGCAGUACGUUAUUGUUGUAUCAUCAGGCCUGGCAUUCCCUCCGCUCUACUUCUAUAGUGGUGGGGUACGAGAAUUUCUAGCUACAAUUAAGCAGCAUGUUCUUAUUGUCAGGUCUUCAGAAGAUGCAAAUCUGUUCCUUGUAAAUAACUUCCAAGAUCCUCUUCAGAGAACGUUGUCUUCAUUGGAGCUUCCAGGAUCUCUUGCAAGCAGAAUCCCUUCAUCUUCAGGUUCUACCUCCGAUAACAACUUGAACAAUAAGCAUACGCCAGAAGAUGGUCAUUUGAGUAGUACGCAACGAAACAACAAACAGAGACAAAAAAGUCACGAUCCAGCUCGAGAUAUUUCAAUCAAUGUUUUGGAGAAAUUUUCACUAGUCACAAAGUUUGCUCGAGAGACAACUUCCCAGCUUUUUCGUGAUAACCUUGUUGAUGGUCAUGGUCCCAAUGAGAAAAGGAGGACUAAUUGGGCUUCUAAAGACCACCAGUCACAGGAUAUGGCCUCCAAUGAUGUAGAAGUUGUUCCCAAGAGAGUUCCUGUUCCCUCUGAUCCUAUAGAGUUCGAUAAAAUAACACUGGUUUGGGGACAACCACGACAACAUCCUCUAGGGCUUCAAGAGUGGUCAACCUUUUUGGAUUAUGAAGGCCGUAUUGUAGAUCCAAAUGCUUUGAAAAAGAGAAUAUUCUACGGGGGAGUGGAGCAUAACUUGCGGAAAGAGGUUUGGCCAUUUUUAUUGGGAUAUUAUUCAUAUGAUUCUACAGAUGCGGAGAGGGAGUAUGCUUGGUCUGUUAAGAAGUCAGAGUAUGAGACAAUAAAAAACCAAUGGCAGAGCAUUUCUCCAGAACAGGCGAAAAGAUUUACAAAAUUCAGAGAAAGGAAAGGCCUUAUCGAGAAAGAUGUGGUAAGGACUGACAGAUCACUGUCGUUCUAUGAUGGUGAUGACAAUCCCAAUGUACGCCUCAUGCAUGACAUCUUGUUGACUUACUCAUUCUACAACUUUGAUCUUGGUUACUGUCAGGGCAUGAGUGAUCUCCUGUCUCCAAUAUUAUUCAUAAUGAAGGAUGAAUCAGAAGCAUUCUGGUGUUUUGUUUCUCUAUUGGAACGACUUGGGCCAAAUUUCAACCGUGAUCAGAGUGGCAUGCACUCUCAACUGUUUGCACUGUCCAAGUUAGUGGAACUGCUGGACAGUCCGUUACAUAAUUACUUUAAGCAGAACGACUGCUUGAACUAUUUCUUCUGUUUCCGCUGGCUUCUUAUUCAGUUCAAAAGGGAGUUCGAAUACGAAAAAACACUAAGGUUGUGGGAGGUUUUAUGGACUCACUACCCUAGUGAGCAUCUUCAUCUUUACGUAUGUAUCGCCAUCCUUAAAAGACACCGAGCCAAAAUAAUGGGGGAGCAAAUGGACUUCGAUACCCUUCUAAAGUUCAUCAACGAGUUAAGCGGUCAAAUCGACCUUGAUCCCAUUCUUCGUGACGCUGAGGCUCUAUGUGUGUGUGCUGGUGAGAACGGUGCCGCCUCAAUCCCGCCAGGAACCCCACCUUCGUUACCCAUCGAAGAUUCCUCCAUAUAUCAUAACCAAGACGAUGAGGUGUUGUAAAACAUGAUUCCAGUGAAGAAAAAUAAAAGGUAAAACCCUGUCGGUAAGUAAAGUGUUAUAAUGAUGCAUAAGAUCUGUAUUCCGCAUGUUAAUUCUUGUAUUUAAAAGACAUCUAUUUCGCGAAUUGUAGUAUGUCCGUUAAAUCUUAGAUCAUCUACCGUUUAUACCGUGUUAAGAUAAAUGUAUGAAAGUUCUAUUUCUUAUUUGCGGGAAAUUAUAGUACUUUGUAUUUGUAAGUAGAGAGUAAUUUUGACUUAUUUAUGUAUUGAACAGGGUAUUUUACCGGUCA